AUGAAAACUGUUGUUAAUUCUAAUCUUCCUUUAAUUUCAAACAGUUUUGUCACAUGUUAUUCGGAUUAUUUGAUUAUUCAUUUAUAUUAUUUUCCAUUUGGUAAUAAAAAAAUAAAAUAUCGUAACAUUCGUUCAUGCGAAUUUCGUUCAACUAAUGAUAUUGGUAUGUUCGAGUACAAAUUAUGGGGAAUGUCACUCUCACCUAUUUGGUGGCAUUGUGAUAUGAACCGUUUAGCACGAAAACAUUAUAUAUUAUUGGAUGCAAAUCAAUGGCCUUUAAUCGGUAUUACAAUGGACGAUAAUGAGAUUAUUAAUGUCUAUAAUUUAAUUAGGCAGAAAAUGAAUUGCAAUCCAUCGAAUAUUUAUGCGGAAAAACUACCUUAUAAUACUCUGAAAACCAUGUCCGAAAAAGAAAUUGAACAUCAACAAUCACUUCGGAAUAUCCAAACAAAAUAA